AUUCACUGCUCGACUCAGGGACUUUACAGAUAAUUGUAUGUGUGGGGGGUACAAAGACGAGGCAGUCAAUAAAAUAUUAUGUUAAACAUGCGACUUAUUAUGUGACUUGUUCAGCACAUUUUUACUCCUGAACCUAUUUAGGCUUGAGGUAACAAAGGGGUUUCAAUAUUUUUUUUUACUUUUAAUUUUGUAACUUGUAAAAAAAUCUAAAAACAUAGUUCCACUUUGAAAUUAUACACAAAUCUCAAUGUCAUACAUUUUAAAUUCAGCCUGCAAAAUAACAAAAUGUGGAAAAAGUAAAGGGGUGUGUAAUGUAUUGUAUUUUUGGAUAAAAUAGUCUGUAUCUGGUUGUCCAUGUAGAAGCCUGGAGCAGCUCGUCUGGGCAGGGCCACUGGUAUGAUCGUCCCACGUAGCCACACCUUCCAUUCUUUAUCCAAUCAGAGCCCUGACCACGUCCAGGAGGAGGACGGAUCACCAGAACAACGACGAAUCACCAUUGCGUCGUACACGCCACAGUCCAAAGACCAGAAUGGAAACUUUCCAGAGAAGGACUCAGACAGACAGGGAGCUAAACCUCUUGGAGAGUUCAACACUGAAGAAGUCUGCCAAUGGUUCAGCAGCAUCGGCCUGCACAAAUGCCUUACUUACAUCAGAGAGGCAGAGCUGUGUGGAACUGAUAUAGCCUCAAUAGACCUGACUACCCUGGAGGUCCUUCACAUCUCCAGUCUGGAGGAGAGAGAGCAGCUCCUAUCAGCUGUAUACAGAGAGCUACACCCACCCAGCACCACCUCACGGAAACUGGACUCCUUGUUGGAAACCUUUGGUCCUAACAACAUACAGAAAUUCACAGCAGCAUUGGUGACCAUGAGCCAAUCAAAGUCCUCCCAGCGUGUAAGCUGCCUUAACAUGAAUCAAAAGAAAUCCUUUAAAUUCAGAUGCAAAAGCCCUAACCCUAUGAACCAGAGGACCUCUCUGCUGAUGGAGAUCACCAUACAUGCGUCAGUGCAGAUAGUCCACCUGCGGACCCCCAGAGAGACCACGGUGGGGAAGGUGAUGGAGUCCUGUCUAAGGAUGCUAGGAAUGACAGAGGACAAGGAACUCUUCAGCCUCACAGACAAACCAGCUUCUUCAGAGGAGCUGUCAUCAGACCAACAGAUAGUUGACUUGGCAAGCUCAGAGAACAAAUAUCUAGAGUUGUACCUGUGCAAAAAGGAGAAACCUAAAAGUGUUGUCCAGCCCCAAUCCCCAGCACCUACUUUCAACGGGUCCCUUGGCAACGGCCCAGUCAAUCAAACCCGCCAGGUACAGGUGGUCAGCCAGCCAGGUAAAGAGGAAAAGAUAUGUGAACUCAAUGAACAGGUGGACUCUCUACAGAACGUCAUCCUGCAGGUGCAGGAGAUACACCACGGCCUGGUAGCGUUCUGUUCAGAGCUGAAGAGAAUGGAUGGGGAGGUGGAUGCGUCGGGGUUGAGAUCCCCAGAGCUGGAGCAGCGCCUUGGGCUGGCUCUGGGACUGCUCAGGGACAAGAGACACGGUCUACAGAGCCUUCGAGAGUCCAUGAGAGACACAGCCUCUCACAGGAACAAGCGAUCAGAGGUUCGUCUUCUGGAUAAGAUGAAGCUGAACUGUCAAGUGUUUAAAGAAGAAAUCUCUCUUGUGCACCUCAAUCGACAGGUAGCCCAUCUACAGCAAGCACUUCAGGACAGCCAAGACAAGGAGAGAUCCCUCCAGUCCCAGUCUCACCAGAGGAAGUGUUCUACCCUGGGCCAACUGGUCACUCCCCAGUGUCCAGCCAUGCUACUGGUUGUCCAGGAGAGCCGUGGGGAAGAUGGGCGGUAUGGAUUCACCUUCAAACUCUCAAAGGACAGAGGACUGGUGGUGAUACAGGUGGACAACUCACAUUCACCCCUCUGUCUGGAGGACAGAUUGGUGGAGGUAAACGGGGUACCAGUGGUGGACCACAGUGAACAUGAGUUGAGCACCCUACUCCUCCUCGGACCAAGUGCUCAGAUAGUGGUUCUGAGGAGACCUCCUCCUCCUGGGACCCAGUGCUCAGAUAGUGGUUCUGAGGAGACCUCCUCCUCCUGGGACCCAGUGCUCAGAUAAUGGUUCUGAGGAGACCUCCUCCUUCCAGCCUCAGACCCAGAAGACCCCCCUCCUGUUAGUCCCAACCACAGGUCCUCCUUCCAGAACCAGAAGACCCCCUCCUGUUAGUCCCACCCCCAGCUCCUCAUCCUCCCAAAAGACACCCUCCUGUUAGUCAAACCCCAAGCUCCUACUCCCUGGAGCAGCAUCCACCACUGGACCACCCCAUUGACCACCAGGCUGACUCCAUCCACACCACCUCUGAUGGUCCCCAUCCCAGUAGAACCCCCUCCUAGCUUUCCUCCUACCAGUCCUAGCAGACCCCCCCAGCUCUCCUCCUACCAGUCCUAGCAGACCCCCCCAGCUCUCCUCCUCCCAGUCCUAGCAGAUCCCCUCCUAGCUCUCCUCCUCCCAGUCCUAGCAGACCCCCUUCUAGCUCUCAUCUCAGUCCCAGUACCAGUAGACCCCCUCCUAGCUCUCAUCUCAGUCCCAGUCCCAGUAGACCCCCUCCUAGCUCUCAUCUCAGUCCCAGUCCCAGUAGACCCCCUCCUAGCUCUCCUCCUCCCAGUCCCCAUCCCAGGAGACCCCUCCAGGCUCUCCUCCUCCAGGUCCCCAUCCCAGUCGACCACCCCCCAGCUCUCCUCCUCCCAGUCCCCCCACAGUGGAGCAGCAAGGGAAACAUCCCACACUUGGAAAUCCUAUACAACAACAGGCGGAUCCCAUCUACCAGGAAAUUGAGCCCAUCCACUCUACAUUGGCUGAGGAAAAUGCAGCCACCAACACCAUUACGACCAUAAUGCUGGACAUUAGGAGACUGAGCCCAUCCACUCUAACUAGGAGACUGAACCUAUCAUCCACUCUAACUAGGAGACUGAACCUAUCAUCCACUCUAACUAGGAGACUGAACCCAUCAUCCACUCUAACUAGGAGACUGAACCCAUCAUCCACUCUAACUAGGAGACUGAACCCAUCAUCCACUCUAACUAGGAGACUGAACCCAUCCACUAACUAGGAGACUGAACCCAUCCACUAACUAGGAGACUGAACCCAUCCUCUAACUAGGAGACUGAACCCAUCCACUCUAACUAGGAGACUGAACCCAUCCACUCUAACUCGGAAACUGAACCCAUCCACUCUACCUAGGAGACUGAACCAAUCAUCCACUCUAACUAGGAGACUGAACCCAUCAUCCACUAACUAGGAGACUGAACCCAUCAUCCACUCUAACUAGGAGACUGAACCCAUCAUCCACUCUAACUAGGAGACUGAACCCAUCCACUAACUAGGAGACUGAACCCAUCCUCUAACUAGGAGACUGAACCCAUCAUCCACUCUACCUAGGAGACUGAACCCAUCAUCCACUCUACCUAGGAGACUGAACCCAUCAUCCACUCUACCUAGGAGACUGAACCCAUCAUCCACUCUACCUAGGAGACUGAACCCAUCAUCCACUCUACCUAGGAGAAUGAACCCGUCCACUCUACCUAGGAGACUGAACCCAUCCACUCUAACUAGGAGACUGAACCCAUCCCUCCACACCCCACUCAGGGAACUGAUGGAAGUGACAACGUGUGUACAGUACUGUACACUGUAACCCUGUAUAUGUUUUCAUAGUAGUGUGUACUGUAACCUGUAACCCUGUACAGCUUCAUAGUAUUCUGUACUGUAACCUCAUAGUAUUGUGUACUGUAACCUGUAACCUGUAACCCUGUACAGAUUCAUAGUAUUGUGUACUGUAACCUGUAACCCUGCACAGCUUCAUAGUAUUGUGUACUGUAACCUGUAACCUGUAACCAUGUAAAGCUUCAUAGUGUGUAUUGUAACCUGUAACCUUGCACAGCUUCAUAGUAGUGUGUACUGUAACCUGUAACCCUGUACAGCUUCAUAGUAUUGUGUACUGUAACCUGUAACCCUGUACAGCUUCAUAGUAGUGUGUACUGUAACCUGUAACCGUGUACAGCUUCAUAGUAGUGUGUACUGUAACCUGUAACCCUGUACAGCUUCAUUGUAUUGUGUACUGUAACCUGUAACCCUGUAUAGCUUCAUAGUAGUGUGUACUGUAACCUGUAACCCUGUAUAGCUUCAUAGUAGUGUGUACUGUAACCUGUAACCCUGUACAGCUUCAUUGUAUUGUGUACUGUAACCUGUAACCCUGUAUAGCUUCAUAGUAGUGUGUACUGUAACCUGUAACCCUGUAUAGCUUUAUAGUAGUUUGUACUGUAACCUGUAACCCUGUGUAUCUUCAUGGUAGUGCUUACUGUAACCUUCAUAGCAGUGUGUACCUAUAUGAUAUGUGAGCACAUGAAGGGUUUUGUAUUUCAUUGAAAAAAAAAACUUUGUUCAACUUUGUGGAUUGCAACAGCGUUAUAUGUGUCAAUGUUGUGAUUUGAUGUACAUCUCUGUUUUGUAUCAGUGUUAAUGUCAUUUACAGUAUUGCAUGUCUUUCUGCACUUGUGCAUCUCUCCCCUGGGCCGUCUCUCCCCUGGGCCGUCUCUCCCCUGGGCCGUCUCUCCGCUGGGGCGUCUCUCCGCUGGGGCGUCUCUCCCCUGGGGCGUCUCUCCACUGGGGCGUCUCUCCACUGGGGCUUCUCUCCUAACUCACUCCAGUAGAGAGCUCUAUGUUUCCACAAUGAGAAUGUUUGCUUUUGCAUUCAAACAAUAUUUCAAAAAUCCAUAUUAUACUACAAAAGUUGCUAGCAUAUCACCAUUCCCUUACCGUUUAAUGCAACAUUGAAAAAUCUGUUGAUGUGCCCAUGAGCAAGGCACUUAACCCUAAUUUGCUUAAGGGGUGCAAUACUCUAUGGCAUUUCAGACGGUUGUUAGGGGACCCUCUAUGGCAUUUCAGAUGGUUGUUAGGGAACCCUCUAUGGCAUUUCAGACGGUUGUUAGGGGACCCUCUAUGGCAUUUCAGACGGUUGUUAGGGGACCCUCUAUGGCAUUUCAGACGGUUGUUAGGGGACCCUCUAUGGCAUUUUAGACAGUUGUUAGGGGACCCUCUAUGGCAUUUCAGACGGUUGUUAGGGAACCCUCUAUGGCAUUUCAGAUGGUUGUUAGGGGAACAUCUAUGGCAUUUCAGACGGUUGUUAGGGAACCCUCUAUGGCAUUUCAGACGGUUGUUAGGGAACCCUCUAUGGCAUUUCAGAUGGUUGUUAGGGGAACAUCUAUGGCAUUUCAGACGGUUGUUAGGGGAACAUCUAUGGCAUUUCAGACGGUUGUUAGGGAACCCUCUAUGGCAUUUCAGACGGUUGUUAGGGAACCCUCUAUGGCAUUUCAGACGGUUGUUAGGGAACCCUCUGUGGCAUUUCAGACAGUUGUUAGGGAACCCUCUAUGGCAUUUCAGACGGUUGUUAGGGAACCCUCUGUGGCAUUUCAGACGGUUGUUAGGGAACCCUCUGUGGCAUUUCAGACGGUCAGUUUUUUAUGAUUGGGUUUUGCUUUUCUUGUAUUGUUGUGUAUAAUAACGUGUUUUUUUGUGUAUAAUAACGCAUAUUUUAAUGUGUAUAUGAAUGUGUAGUUUAAUGUGUUUACUGUAUUUUGAUGUGUAUUGUGGUGCUAUACAAGACUCAUCUGUAAAAUAAACCUUGUCUCAGCAUUGACUUCCUGUCUAAAUAAAGACACCUUGGUCUCAGCAUUGACUCCCUGUCUAAAUAAAGUUUAAAUAAAUAAAACA